AUGGUGCUAACCGACCAGAAGCCCGAGACAAGCAAAUCAACGCCCGAGCCCACGUCUUCUACGCCAGUCAAUGGUGCUGCGCCGCGCGGGAGCGCCAAGGCCUUACCCGUAGGCCCCGAGCUGCACCUGGCGCUGAAGCGGUGGUCAUGGGCGCAGCUGGAUGGCGUCCGAAUCCCGGCGGUGGGUGCAAUGAAGGAGACUCGAGGUUCAAUACAGAUUAUGCGGGCCGGGAAGCCGUACUUGCCGGUGAAGUGGGUGCAGGUGAAGCUGCUCGCCGGCUUCGCGCCAAGCGUGGCCUUCGAAGUGGAGCCGUUCGUUAUGCUCUCCCACAAGCUCUGUGCUCUGGAGGCUCUCGUUUUAAAUGGUGUAAACGGUGCGCUAUGCCGAUAUUCCCUCGGCUACACGCUACUCACGACGGCAGAUGAGGUGGUCACCCUACAUGACGUCGCGCGCUUCUAUUGGCAUUUGAAGGAUCACACUCUCUCCUCAUCUAUCGCAACCCUCAAAGCAAAUUUGGUGAUUUGCGGCGGUGAGGUAACGUACACGGCCAUGCUCCACCAAAUGAACGGGGUGAUGGAGGCCGAGCUACAGGAGGCAAGAGCAGCUAUCGCCAAGUUGAGCACGCUGAGGAGCGGCGCUUCUGCGUUGAGUGCCGAAGGCGCGGAGGGUCAUCGGGCAUCAGUU